CAGUGAAAUAGCGUUUCAUCAAGCAAAUCGUAAAUUUAUCUUACAUAAAUUUCAUACAUAAAUAUACGACUGGGUAAGGGCAACCGUAAAUUAACGUAAAAAUGGCGGUCGUUUUCCUCGUCGACGAUGAAAGAAGACGCAAAGUACCGAUUCCAAGGCUGUUUAGAGAGAGAAUAGUUCUCGAAAACUUAAGAGAUGAGGACAUUGUAUCCAGAUAUCGUUUAAGUAGGGGCGGUAUAGAGCGUUUGGUGGUUUUGAUUGGGGAAGAAAUAGCACCAACUUGCCGGCGAUCUCAUGCCAUUGAUCCCGUCACACAGAUUUUAGCAUCAUUGAGGUACCUUGCUAAGGGAGAUUUUUACUCGGAAGUGGGUGAUAUCCACGGAAUAAGCAAGUCGAGCUUCUGUCGGAUUUUACAGAAGUUCAUCUCAGCUGUAAAUCAAAAGUUGAAAAAUAUCAGAUUUCCACAAGGACCAGCUGUUCUGCUUGUCAAGCAAGAAUUUUUCAGAAAAUGUCAGCUGCCAAAUGUAGUUGGGGCAGUCGACGGGACCCUUGUACCCAUUAUCAAACCUGCUGAGGCUGAAGAGGCCUAUGUGUGCAGGAAGGGGUUCCAUGCCAUUAAUGUACAGGCUGUCUUUGACGCCAACAUGAGGUUCACAGAUGUCGUGUCAAGAUGGCCUGGUGCGACUCAUGAUGCUGCGGUGUUUGAUAGCAAUGGCGUAAAGGAAUAUCUGAGCACCAAUGAUGUGGGUCAUCUGCUAGGGGAUAGCGGAUAUCCAUUAAGGACCUACCUCAUGACCCCUGUACCUCAUCCCUCCAAUGAUGGUGAGCAAGCCUACAACGACCAUUUAUGUAGAGGACGGAUAGUCGUAGAACGAGCAUUUGGUGUUUUGAAAUCACGAUUUAGAUGUCUGCAUCGCACUGGUGGAUGCUUGCCUUUCCAGCCUAAUAAGUGCUGCGAAAUUGCAACAGUUUGCAUGCACCUGCACAACCUGUGCUUGGAAUUAAACGUCCCUCUGAUAGACGAAGAAGUUGGGGACGAGAUUGAGCAGGAGGUUCCAAACAAUGCACCAGUGCAGGGAGCAGCAGUCAACAAGAGGCAGCAGCUGAUUGAACUGUUUCGUUAAAUGUUAGUUCUUUUAUGCCCCCCCCCCCCCCCCCCCCCCCCCCCCCCC